AACACACCUAUAGCGUGCUCGGCAAUGGGAACAGUGAUGAUUUCUAGUAUCUUUGCCACUAAAUCCAUGGACGAGGUUGCCGAGGCAAGCAGGGGUGGGCUUCGCUGGCAACAGAUGUACCUCUCCACUGAUCGCUCUCUAACAGAGGGGUUUGUUCGUCGGGCUGAACUAGCUGGAGUCAAGGCGAUUGUCGUCACAAUAGACUCUCCGUGUGCUACCGUUGAAAAUGGAAUUGCUAAAAAACGAUUGGGACUUACCGCCCCACAUGAAAUUUGCCAACUAUCCAAACUGCGACGACAGGGAAAAGAGCGUGGAAUUGGUUGAGAAGGCGUUCAACCCGGCUGCUACCUGGGACGACAUUCGCUGGUUGUGUUCCUUCACCAGCCUGCCUGUGGUGGUGAAGGGACUCCUGAGAGCUGAGGGCGUUGAGCUGGCAAUACGGAGUGGAGUGGCAGCAAUACUUCUGUCUAACCACGGUGGAAGACAGCUCAACACUGACGUCGCUACUUUGGAUGUAUUGAGGGAAGUGGUGGAGGCAGUGAGGGGUCGCGUGGAGGUGUACAUGGACGGAGGAGUGAGGCUGGGAACGGACGCGUUCAAGGCUCUCGCACUGGGAGCUAGAGCUGUCUUCAUUGGACGACCAGUCCUCUGGGGACUCACCCACAAGGUGACGGUUGAACGAGACGUCACCACAGCGAGAGACGAUAAUAUACCAAAAGGAGGCUCCCCACAUGGCUCUGAGCGCAAGACGGACGGCCGGCGACGUGCGGUACUGGACCAGUUAGUACAGGAAAUCCACCACUGCAAGUUGAACCACGAAGCCCUCAGGGACAAAAUCAACUCUCGCAAAGUGAUAUUGGAUGAGAGGAACCAGCUCCUAGAUGUCCUACAGAGAAAUCUAGAGGACAUCAAGAGUGAGAAGUAAGUGUUUAGGCUAUUGUAUUGGCAUUCAUUGCUGGCAUCUCACACCGAUUUAUUGAUUGGAGUUUUGGCACUUUUCACCUUUUGCAGCGAAAAAUUGGCAAGUGCACUGGGGAAUGGCAGAGGUCCAUGUAGAUGAGACGCCCAGUUGUAAAGAGUUUCAUUCACAUCACCAGUACUGACUUCCACGAUCACUUAUAUACAAACUUUGUUUUAUAAAGCACAUUCAUAUACUCAGUCAUGUUUUCAUAAGGUGUCACCAAAAUGUCAUGGCUCCCAAGGCGAGGCUAGUGGGUUCCAUCCCAGAACUAAUUCUUCACUCUUCAAUCCACU